UGGUGAGUGUUUCGGAGGUGUCGGGCUCUUCACAAAUCUUUUUCUUUUGCGAUACGGCUAAAAACAAAUCGAUUUCAGUUAUAGUAGUGCUUUAUUUCUUUUAGAUUGCUUUUUACCAAAUGUACUCUUUAGUUGUUGUUGCUGUUUCGUUAUUCUUUUAAAACAAGUUAUUGUUAUUGAGCAAAAUGGCUGCCCCCAAGAAGUAUGGAUUGAUCCUGCCAAAGAAACUUGACAAGCCAACAAUUGCAAAGUCCUCCAUCUUCGACGAUGACAGCGAUGACGAGCACGACAGAGCAGCCAUUGAAAAGUCCAUCAAAAAGGAGUCUAUGAGGAACUUGAAGAAAAUGCAGACCCAACUCCAGCUCCAAAAGGCCAUGGAGGAAGACCCAACGGUCUUCGAGUAUGAUGAGGUGUACGACGACCUCAAACGGGACCAGGAGGAAAAGAAGCAAGAGACCAAGAAGGACAGCAAGCCACGCUACAUCGAGCAACUGCUGAAGGCGGCCGAGAACCGGAAGAAGGAGGGAGACCGUCGGAUGCAGCGCAAGAUCCAGAAGGAGCGGGACCAGGAAGGGGAGGUGUUUGCGGACAAGGAGGCCUACGUCACCCAGGCCUACCGCAAGAAGAUGCAGGAGAUGCAGGAGGAGGAGGAGAAGGAGAUGCGCAGGCAGCGGGUCGAAGACAUGAUGGACGUAACAAAGCAGAAGGACCUGACCGGAUUUUACCGACACCUCCUGAAGCAGUCAGUCGGCGAAGAAAAGAUACCCGAAAAUACGGACAAGCCGCUCUCAUCUGGUGAUGCGGUCGCGGAGGCAACGUUUACCCGUCCGAAAGGACAAGCCCGCGAUUCUUCAUCGUCAGAAGGCAAAGUCGGGUCGCAUCCGGACGAAGCUUCCGCAAGCUCUUCUCGAAGGUCCAAGGAGACCGGAAUGCGCAGACGGACUUCCGAGGACGGUCGGGCACGAGAAACGGGCACUGCCGAGCCCAAAUCGGCAGCCAAGGAGAAAAGGACGUACAGGACCAGGAAGACGAGCGAUCCUUCGGAGGACGAAGAGGUUCCUCCGAAGUCUGCCGUGAAGCAAGAGCCGGCUUCGAGUUCGCCAGCAAAGGAAGACGAGGCCCAAGGGGACGGAGAUCUGGACGCCGACAGCGACUUUUCCGUUGACUCCGCAGACUCUUCUGACGAGGCGACCCCUUCCGCACGGCCGCGGAAGAGCGUGAAAAAGGAGGACGGCACCAACGAUUUGCCCGAGAAGCCAGAAAACGAGGACGGGAACGAAAGUGCGAAAGCCAAAGAGGAGGCGUGGAUUGCACUGUUCAAAAAGAGGACCGUGGGAGAUGCGCUGGAAGCGGCGAAAGCACGGUAUCUGGAACGCAAGGCAGCCAUGGACGAACACAGAGCGGCAUUUGGGAGCGUGCAGUAGCAGUCUUCUCACGUUGCAGAAACACUGCAUUCAUGUUUGAGUGUAUGGUACAACCUCAUUGCUGCCGGUUUAUAGGCAAAUCAAGCAGAAUUCUUCAAACAUUACGCAGUCACGUAUUUAUACUGUGUCAACUAUUUCGUGCAACAUUGCCGAGGCUGGUAUAGGUUCCACACUGCAGCAGCCCUACAUCGCUGUGCAAGCACGUGGCUUCAUCUUGCACCUCAUGUGCAUGCGCUCUCGUGCGAAGGAGCCACCAAACAAAAUCGUGCGUUCGCAUAGCUUUGACAGCACUGGACCACUGUGGAAGCUACGCUAUCCUCGGCAACGUAUCACGAAAGAGUCGACCCUAAAUAUAGUAUGCCCAAAUGUCGGCAUCGGUGCUGUGUCACACCACAAAUUGUACGCUUUUUUAAUCCAUCGGAGGCUGCACUAUGCACUUUCAGAGAAAUGUAUGUUUGUAAGAAGGACAACAUGCAACCAAGAAAAUGUUUGACGUUUUAAUGAGCAUUAUAAAGAGGCUGUUGUAAAUAAAUUACUGUAAAUAGAAGAAUUAUGCAAA